UUAUCAGUUGGUGGGACAAAGUACGGGUCCAUUGCAUUCGCCAGCAAGGACGCGGUCGGAGAUGUAGAGACGCUGGAUAUGGCGGUAUUUUGGCGCAGUACAUGAAUGGCGGCAAGUUACAUGCGCGAGCGCAACCACCAGCGCGCCACUCUACAACCACUCUCCGACCCCGCAACAUGGCGGCUUUGCCUCUGCCCGUGCGCUUUCUAUGCCUCUUGGUGGCAGGGGUGCUAGCAGAUCCAAGCCCCGGCCGCGUGCCCAAAGUGUAUAACGCGCUCAUCACUUCAAACCAGAAUUUGGAGCCCAGCAAGGCGUACCCGGUCUACCAACCAGUGCUGCACGACGCAUUCACGUUCCCAUACCAACCAGCUGUCUUCUACAGAGAUUUUCCGUUGACUAACGGGAUACAACCAGUGCCUGCGGCGCCGUCUAAAGAUGCGAAACCAGUUGCGCCCGCAGCGCCGGAGCCGGCGCCCCAGGAGCCCCCGGAACAGAAGCCCCCCGCCGAGGAGAGCCCGGCGCCCAGCUCUCCCCCUAGCCACGAACCCACCCCUGCCCCGCCGCUUUCACCCAACACCCAGUCUCCCAUACCUUUAAAUCAAUUCGGACUUCCACCGCAAGUUCUCCCUUUAGGACGUUUCGAUCCAGCUUACAGUGGAUUCACACAAGUUGGACCUUUCACAUACACCUACCCCAAUAUUCGAUUCUACGACCCAUACGACCCCUUUUCUUUCAGUAGUUACAGUCCUUAUGCCUUGCCGUCCUUGUACAGGCCUCUGGGAAAUGUCCUGGAGCAAGGGGGGCCAGAACCUUCGGGCAAGGAAACUCUGUCCUCAGCAAGAGGACCUGCACCACAACAGCCACAAGCCCCACCUUCUGAGCCCAGUGAUCUCAAUGUAUUGAACUAUUCCUCAAAGGACCCUGCCAUACCCAAUGUCCCGCCCCCACCCUUGCCGGACGGAGGUCUGAAAUCUGAUGAUAAGUCCGAAUAGUUUCGUAAUAGAGUCGUAAUUUCUAAAAUACAUUAAACUAACAUUUAUGGGUUUUAUUGAACAUUAAAAAAAAAAAGCGUAUCACUUUCCAAGUUAUUAUAUAAAAAGAAAAAGAAAUGCGUUUAUGUUCCUUCUUUAUUUACUUGUACCUAUUCACAUCUAGGUAUAAAUGUACCUAUGUGUUUCUUAAAACAUUUUCAGUGUAGGUAUAAAAUAUUUUUUACAAGACAUCAUAAAAGUCUAUCUCCCAAUUGAGCUCUUUAGUUAAUUCCAAAGGUAUAUACCACUCGAAGUAGUAAUAAUCAAAAAAUUGGUUAAUGAGAUAAUAGUAGCUAACUCUACAGAUACAUAUUGUGAAUUUUUGGGAAUCAUACUUUACGUUCUCGUCAUAAGGAGACGUCGACUUGAUAUAAACACAGUCAGGUU